CUUUGACGGCGAACAGCGCGUAGCCCGCCGCGUGCUCGAACAACACGUGCAACAACACCUACAGAGGUUAGAGCAAUUUUGAGUGCUCUGGGAGCAUCUUGUAAAGCGGAAGUGUCUGCUGGUCUGCACGUGGUAGCCCGUGAGGCGCAAGUCAACCUUAAUUUGGGAGCAUGGUGGAGAGUCCUUGAAGGAGCCUGUUGAGAAGCGGAUGUGAGGGAGGCCAGUAACAAAUUUAAGGAUCGGGGAAAGGCUUGGUAUAAAGGCUGAGCAGGACGAGCUGAGGCUCAGACCGGUGAGGCCGAACACUUCAAGCAACUGAUCCAGGCUGACAGCAAGACGGAGCAGAAUGAGCAUGCGCAGAGCGGUGGCCGGUUGCAUGGUGCUGGUGUGCCUUGUGGGGCUUCUGGUCGAGAGGACAGAAGGACACAUCACAUUUUUCAGCCCAAAGGAGAUGUUGCUGAUGAAGGAGCGAGAGGGUAGAAAAGACAUGGAGCCUCGAUCAGAGGAUGGCCAGUUUGAGGAAGUCAGCACUCGGCAGCUUCCUCAGGUGGAACGCGAUGGAAAUCCUGAUAAAACGAUGGAGAUAGCAGUCCGCCUUUCACCCAAACAGCUGGAUCACGUGGCUCCGGUGCUUGAAGAGUUCAUCCACGAAAUAGUGGAGGAACGUCAGAAAGCCAAAUAAGACCAAAUGGACACUGGGACGGAUACUGUAUAAAUCUUCAAAAAAGCACUGAAUGCUCAAAUGUUUUGUUGUGUUUCAAUAAAUCGGUAAAUAAAGGAAAGCGGCUGAAAUGUUCUGAA